AUGAGCAAGUUCGGCGUCGUAGUGAUGGGCCCGGCUGGCGCCGGCAAGACCACAUUUUGCUCCGCCUUGAUACAACACCUUCGUCUCAAUAAACGAUCCUGCUUCUAUGUCAAUCUUGACCCUGCCGCCGAGGACUUCUCUUAUGCACCAGACCUCGACAUCAAGGAGCUGAUCUCCCUCGAGGAUGCCAUGGAAGAGAUGGGCUUGGGACCUAAUGGGGGACUAAUCUACUGCUUUGAAUUUUUGCUAGAUAAUCUCGAUUUCCUCACCGAGGCCAUAGAUCCCCUCACGGACGAAUAUUUGAUCAUAAUCGAUAUGCCCGGCCAAAUCGAACUCUACACCCACAUCCCGAUUGUUCCGACUUUGAUCAAACAUCUUACUCGUGGCGGUGCUCUGAACGUCAAUCUCUGCGCUGCAUAUCUCCUCGAAUCCACCUUCGUGAUCGAUCGAGCAAAAUUCUUCGCAGGUACACUGUCAGCUAUGAGCGCAAUGAUUAUGCUUGAGCUUCCCCACGUCAACGUUCUCAGCAAGAUGGAUUUGGUCAAAGACUCCGUGUCACGGAAAGAGCUCAAGCGGUUCAUCGACCCUGAUAACUCCCUGUUAGAUGACAACCCAACAGACAGCAAGGCGGCGCUGAUAUCGUCCCAAAAUAAGUCAGCCGAUCCGUCUUCCGCGGAUUCAGUCAUGGCAGGAGGUAGCUUUAAGCGUCUGAAUAGAGCAGUUGCUCAGCUCAUCGACGAUUUCAGCAUGGUGUCGUUCCUACAGCUAGACGUGCAGAAUGAGGAUAGCGUUGGUGCCAUCUUGAGCUAUAUCGAUGAUGCUAUUCAAUUCCAUGAGGCACAGGAGCCUAGAGAGCCGAAUGAUGAGGUUCAGUAUGAUUACCAGGACGCAGAAAUGGAGUAA